AUGACUCGAAACACAACUAUGACCGUGCAGCACUACCAAUCUCGAACACACGCGGGAAUUCUCGCCGUCAUCCUCAUCAUCCUCUCCCUCCUCACCUGCUGCUGCUGCUACAUGUGCCGUGGCCGCAGCCCCAAGCGGCGUCGAUUAGAUGAAAUAGCUCCAGCGCCCAUGUACCCGCCGGCCAUGUCAGCCGCUGGUCCCGGCGUGUACGUUAAAGGCAUGGGCCCACGCGGAGCGCUACCGCCGGGCCCGUAUCCUCACAGCUUGUCACACCAGCAGAUGAUGGGCGGCACGGAGAUGCUUCCCCCGCGCUACAUCCCUCCGCCCUCGCCCGCCGCGCUCAUGCAGAGUCCCAUGAGACCGCUUCUCGGCGCACCGCCCCCCGCGGCAAAGCCCGGAGCAGGCGCGCAGGAGGAGGGUGUGGUGGCCAAGUGGGAGAAGGACCUGCGCGCGGGGAUGUUUCGCAAGGUGGGGCUUGCGGAGGUGGAAGCGGCCACGGGGAAAUUCAGCAAGCGCGCGUUUCUUGGUGAAGGCGCGUUCGCUGCAGUGUACAAGGGGCGGAGUCCGUCCGGCGUGCCGUGGGCCGUAAAACGGUCAAAACGGAGACUGACGGAUGGUUCCGCCGGCGCCAGCGAUUUCGAGAACGAGGUGAUGAUGAUUUCGCGACUGUCGCACAAGAAUCUCGUACGGCUACUGGGUUACUGCAUUGAGGGUGGUGAACACAUCCUUGUGUACGAGUUCGCGGAGAAUGCGACGCUGUCACGCGCUCUGGGUCGCUCCCAGCCCCCGUUUCUGUCGUUCGCUCAGCGGCUGGAGAUCGCGCUGGGCACGGCGGAAGGGCUGCACUACCUGCACAACGCGUCGUCGCCGCCCAUCGUGCACCGCGACAUCAAGCCCGACAACAUCCUGCUGGACGGCCAGCUGCGCGCCAAAGUGGCGGACUUCGGGCUGCUCAAGAACAUCAUGGAAGGCGGCGGCGCGGGCGAGGUCGUCUCGUCCGUGUACACUCGCGUCGCGGGAACCCCGGGGUACCUGGACCCCGAGUACCACUGCACGUCCAAGGUGACAGUCAAGGGGGACGUGUACAGCUUCGGCGUGGUGCUUCUGGAGCUGUUCACGGGUCAGCGCGCGAUCAUGAUGAACUGCCGUAAGCCCGGCGGCGGCGACGGCGCGAACCCCGUGCACAUCUCGCAGUGGGCCGCGCCGCUGGUGGCGGGCAAGGCGUUGGACGACCUGGCGGACCCGAAGAUGGGCGGAGAGUUCGAGCCGGCGGUGCUGCUGCGCGCGCUGGAGAUUGCGCUGCUGUGCGUGCGCCCGUCGUCGAAGCAGCGCCCCGACAUGGGUGCGGUGGUGCGCGGACUGGCGGAGCUGCGCGAGCAGAUCAUGGCGCGCGACGAGCCCCCGGAGACGUUCGUGGAGGAGCACGCGCGCGGGCUGGAUGACCCCGACUCAGACGAGGAGGCGGAAGCUGCGCAGGCGGAGCAGGGGCGGGCGGAAGGAAGUACGCGGGUGGGCGAGGAAAUGGAUGCGUCAUCGCAGGAGUAUUCGCGGGGGCCGGAGGAGCCGGAGGAAGAGAGAGAUGACGGAGAAGGCGAAGAGGGGCUUACUGGCGCGGCGGACGAGGAGCAAGGGCUAGUCGCGGGGAGCUACCGUGGAAGUGACAUCGGCGCGGGACCGAGGCAGCUUUCGGGCCGGCGCACUGCUUCGGGCCGUAGCGGGUUGGAAGGUUCGGGAAGGAACAUCGGGAGUGCCUCGGGCGCUGGUUCGUCAGGGCGGAGGACAGAGGGCGAGCCUGGCAGCGUGAAGUACAGCGCGGGUGUGGAAACGUUUGAACCCGAGGAGGGGGCGCACGGUGUGGACCCCAGCAGCAGGCAGUACGGCGCUCCAGAGGCAGCGAACGCAAGGUCGAGUUACUACGACAGUGGGUUUGUCUACCCCGUGGGUGCGUUUGGGAACGCGUACGACAGCGGGUGGAUGCCGCCGCAUGGGGGCGACCGCGGGGAGGAUGGAGAUCGAGCAGGCAGCCAUGUGGUAGUGAACCUGGGCGCAGGCAGCAGGCGAUGA